UGUUUAUACUGCAUCAUUGAGCAAAAAUAUCAAUGGACGUUUGACUGUACAGUUUGGCUACUUUAAUCAUACACCUUUCAGUUCCAUUUCUUUGCUAUUUCUAAAUUUUGGUCUUAUAAUUUCUCAUAUUCUUUUUUUAACAACAAACUGCGGCGUUGAUUUUGACUUUUUGCAGGUUUUCUUUGAAUCAAAAUUUUCAGGUUUUCGUCCUACAGUGGGCGAGAGAGAUGGCUUAUGUUGCUGUGAUCUCUCUCUUACGAACUCUGGAGCAACUUGUGCAGCUGCAGCCUCAUUGGAUAAGUGCUGAAACAAGAAUAAUGGUGGACUCUCUCCUUGUUAGUCUUGAAUAUUUCCAAAACUUUCUCGAGAACACGAGCAAGAGAAGUCAAGAUCAUGGACAGAUUAAAGAGCUGGAGAGAGAUAUUAGAACUGUAGUAAAUGAAGCAGAGGAUGUGAUUAAACUAAAGAUAUAUGAAAUUAAUCAGCUGGAUCGAACGAUGGCAAGCAAGGCAUUAUGUGAAAUCUUGCCUCCACUUGUAGAAAAGAUUGACCUUGUGAAAAGGGAGGUGAUGGGAAGUAGUUUCAGUACAGAUAAAAUCCAUGGCUAUGGUGAUCCAAUGAAUGAGAAUCUGCAGCUGGGUCAUUCAUCUAGACAAGUUGCAAAACUGGAUCUAGAAACUGUUGUCGUGGGUCUCGAAGAUGACUUGAUGAAAAUCAAGAGAAGAUUAACCGGGCCCCCAUCUACUCGAGAAAUUGUCCCGAUUCUGGGAAUGGGGGGGAUAGGCAAAACGACACUUGCUAAAAAUGCAUACGAUGAUUCUGAAAUCAGGCAUCGGUUUGAUAUCCAUAUUUGGGUGACAGUCUCUCAAGAAUACCGAAUUAGAGAUUUGUUGUUAGGUGUUCUUUCUUGUACUUCAAAUGAGAUCAAAUAGACUGAUGAUCAAUUGAUGGAUAUGAUAUACAAGAAGUUAAAGGGUCGGAGAUAUCUUGUUGUAAUGGAUGAUCUUUGGAGUAGUGACGUCUGGGAUCUGAUGACAAGAACUUUUCCAGACGAUAAUAAUGGGAGUCGAAUUAUUUUGACAAGUAGGCUCAAAGAUGUGGCUAUCCAUGCUGACCCUGACAGCCCUCCUCAUGAGAUGAGACUCUUGAGCUCAGAUGAAAGUUGGAAGUUACUUCAUGACAAAGUGUUUGGGGUAAAACAUGAGAUUUGUCCUCCUGAACUAAAGGAUAUCGGGAAGCAAGUAGCACAAAAAUGCCAAGGACUACCUUUAGCUCUUCUAGUGGUUGCAGGACAUCUCUCUAAAAUUGCUAGAACACCAGAAAGUUGGGGAGAUGUUGCCAAAAGUGUAAGUAUAGUUGUUGCUGAUGAACCAGAUAUAUGUCUAGGUGUGCUUGCUAUGAGUUACAAUUACUUACCUAAUCACCUUAAACCAUGUUUCCUUUACAUGGGAGUCUUUCCAGAAGAUAGCUAGGUUAACAUUGUGACAUUGAUCAACUUAUGGGUUUCUGAGGGGUUUCUAGGGAAAGAAAGACUCAAAAGCAUGGAACAAGUGGGAAGAGAUUGUUGGGAUGAUCUUGUUAGUAGGAAUCUGAUAAUGGUUAGAAAGAGGAGAUUUAAUGGGGAGGCGAGAACAUGUGGUGUCCAUGAUUUGGUUCGCGACUUGAUUUUAAGAGAAGCUGAGAAAGAGAAGUUCUUGCAGGUUACUAGAGCUUACGAAGUCACGAAUCAUGUCCGUCACUACAGCUUCCAUCCGGACAUUUAUGAGGCUGAUUGCUGGGAGUCCAGUCUCAUCCGAACAGUGCACUUAUGGGGAUUUGGUCAUUUUUUUCAUUUUCAGCACUUCAAACUGCUGAGAGUGUUGGUAAUCCCUUAUUAUGAGUUUCAAGAUUUCCCUCUUGAGAUAACAAAAUUAGUACAUCUCAGAUACCUUCAGUUCUGGUGUAAUGAUGAUAUUCACCAGUUAGUGUCAAAGCUAUAUAAUCUGCAUACCUUCAUUUUUCGUCAUGAAGGUCUUAAACCUCCAACUAUACCUGAGACAAUUUGGAAAAUGAAACAUUUAAGGCAUCUUCACGUCGUCAAGAGAGUCUUUUCUCUUGCUAUCCCGAUUAAGUCUGGCUUCAAGCUAGAAAAUUUGGAGGGACUUUCCUGUCUAAAUUUGUCCAACUGUACUUAUGAAUUGUUUUCUGCUAUUCCAAAUCUUAAGAGGCUGAAGAUUUAUGGAAAUUGGAGGGAAUGCAAGAGAGAGAAGAUUUCCCAGCACCUAGAUAGUCUUUCCUGUUUAAAAGAACUUGAAAUAUUGAAGUUCAGGUACCAAGGACGCUACCGUCGCCGGCUACCAAGGAAGCUUUCUUUACCUACAUCUCUGAAGAGGCUGACUUUAAAAAAUACUUUUUUUCUUCUGGAAGACUUGACAAAUAUUCUAACGUUGCCAAACCUCGAAGUGCUUAAAAUGAAAGAUGUAUUUUAUAAUGAUGAGUGGAUAUUAAAUGAUGAUGAGAUUUUCAGUCAACUUAAGUUUCUUCUAAUCAGUGUAACAUCUCUGAGGCACUGGAAAGCUGUGAGUGUUAACUUCCCAAAACUACAACGCCUAGUUCUGAGAAGCUGCAUAGGCCUGGAAGAAAUCCCUAAAGACUUCGGAGAAAUUUAUAGCUUGGAGUCAAUAGAAUUGUAUGACUGCAGUAUGUCCACUGCAAAAUCAGUGGAAGAACUUCGAGAAGAGCAAGAGAGCAUGGGGAAUGAUUGCCUCAGUGUCGUCAUCAAUAAUUGUGUGUAUUGAUGUUUAAGAUCAAGAAAGUUGGUCAUGCUUGUUAAGAGAAAAUGGUGUGCGUGUGAUGGCUUCAAUUGGAGCUCUGGAUUUUGGAAAAGGCAUCGAUGACUAUGCAUCAAGUAGGGGUAUAAGCAUCACAUGCAUGUAGCUACUGACUGUGCAUUCAGUUCAAGCAAAUAAGAUCAUAAAGGCAUCCAGUGGCCUAUCCAACAAAACUGUGCUGCAAACGACAUACUGUAAACGAUUUAAAAAAUAUCUUAAAUUAGUUGAAUUGAGAUUCUACAUCACUUGAAAGAAUUUACAAGCUUGUUCACCGUGUCAAGAGAUCUAAAACAAGUGACCAAGCCUUGAGAAUCGAAA